GGGAUGUAUGAUUUUGGGUAGAAAGGGAGGGUUUGCAUAGCUGGGGGAGGAUCUUAGGUUGGGUCUGGAGUUGGUGGAUAUACCAUUUUUGCGAGAUUUUAUUGGAACCCAAUACAUCUCCAACAACAUGUCGCAAGGUUUCACUGCCGUGAACCUCCCUCUUGAAGACGAGGCCCCUAUGGGAUCUCAGGCAAUUGUUUUGUACAAAGACGAGGAUAUGGAGGACAACGUCGGCGAUGCUGAUGCUACUGAGACCGCAGAACAAGCCUCCCCCGCAACACCGGCACCCGGCUCAAACACCACCAAGAAGCGUUCACCCAAACCCAAGAACGCCCAAACCAAUGCGGACGGCACUUCUGUGCCCAAAACCCCACGCAAGAAUGCCAAGCAGAAGGAGCUCAACGAAGACGGCACUCCAGUCGUCAAAUCCACCUCAGUUCGCAAGAAGCCUGCGCCCAAGGUGGAUGAGGAUGGAAUUAUUAUCGCAAAGCCUCCUCGCAAGAAGGCUGAGCCAAAGCCAAAGACUGGUCCAAAUGGAGAGUCUCUUCCCAAGACGCCGCGCAAGAAUGCCAAGAAAGUCAAGAGCGAGGACAAGAUCGUCGACGACGAAGCUGGUGAUGUAAAUAUGGCUGGUGAUAUGGUCAGCAGCAUGGUGGGUGAUAUUGCCAGCGCCAAGAUGCCUGGCUAUGGAGAUGAGGAUUCCUCUGCCGUCAAAUCCUAUUACGCUCCCACGCCCAAUGGCGGCAGUAGCCCUGUCAGCGCUGCUGAGGCGCCAAUGACUCCCAAAGUGAAGAAGGCAUCCCUUGCUGCCAACGGUACCCCCGGUGGCAAGAAGAAGCGCGCUGCUGAGGAAGAUGGCGAGGCCGAUCCUUUCACCACUCCUACCAAGAAGAUCAAGGCCGCUGCUGGUACCCCAAAGAGCGGCAAUGGAAAGGGCACAGCUAUCGCAACCUCCAAGGACCAGCUCACCGAUGAGGAUAAGAUGAUGAUUCAGUGGAGAAAGGAUGGCAAGGGCUGGCCUGAGAUCCGCAAGAAGUGGGGUGAAAUGACCGGCAAGCCACCUGGAACUAGCACUCUCCCCAACCGCUACAAGCGCCUGAUGGCCAACAUCACUGACUGGAAGGAUGGUGAUCUUGAGCGUAUGCUCGUUGCCGAGCAGAAAGUGACCAAAGCUUUUGCAACAGAGUUAUACGGCCGCAUGGCUACUGUCAUGAUCCAGCUUGGUGGUGACACCUACACUGCCGCGGCCAUUGAGAAGGCCUAUCUGAAAGAGAAGCGCGAAGGCUUCCCUCACGCCGCGACCAUUGACGAGGUCAUGAACGGCCCUGAUGCUCCGGCUGACGAUGAUGAGGAUAUUGACGAGGCUUCCAACGGCGCUGCACCCUCGGCCAGCGACGAUGAGGGCAUGAAGGCCAUCGACCAAGCCAUCGAUGGCGGUGCUGUCGUGAAGCGCGAUGAGCUCAUGGAGGAUGCUGAGACUCCGGAUGAGGAAAAUUCAGACGGUGGAGUUCCAAUUUCGCCUGGACUCAAGUCGGAGGGUAUCAAAGGUGAAGAUGAUGGUGAGAUGGACUCCGACAUGGCUUAA